AUGGCCACGGUCUCCAACGGCUCCGAGUACGACUUCAUCGUCGUCGGUGGUGGCACCGCCGGCAAUGCCGUUGCCGGUCGUCUGGCCGAAAACCCGGACGUCCGCGUCCUGGUCGUCGAGGCCGGCAUCCCCAACCCAGACCAGAUCGAGCAAAUCACCACCCCCUCCAGGGCCUUUACCCUGCGGGGGAGCAAGUAUGACUGGGCCUACAAGACGACGAUGAUCAAGCGCGACGACUACGAGCGCGUCGAGAAGCCCAACACCCGCGGCAAGGCCCUCGGCGGCAGCACGUGCGCCAACUACUUCACCUGGAUCCCCGGCUCGAAGCCCACCUUUGACGAGUGGGAGGCGUUCGGGGGCCGCGACUGGAACUGGGACAACUGUGUGGAGUACCUGCGCAAGUGCGCCACCUACCACGACGACGAGAAGCUCUACCCGGCCGAGCUGAGCAAGAUCGGAACCGGCGGCCCCGUGCAGAUCUCCCACGCCGACCUGGUGCCGGAGAUGCAGCCCUUCCGCGACGCCCUGACCCAGGCCUGGGUCUCCAAGGGCCAGCCGCUCACGGAGGACAUCUUCUCCGGCGAGAUGAAGGGCCUCACUCACUGUGUGGACACCAUCCACCGCGGCGUCCGCCAGGGCAGCUUCCUGUACCUGAAGGACAAGCCCAACGUGACCAUUCUGUACGGCGUACGCUCGAAGCAGUUGAUCAUCGACCCCGCCACGCGCGUCUGCUCCGGCGUCACCGUCGUCAGCGAAGCCUACAACACCGAGAUCAGCGUCUACGCCAGCCGCGAAGUCAUCGUGUCCCAGGGCGUGUUCGAGACGCCCAAGCUGCUCAUGCUCAGCGGUAUUGGCCCCGCCGCGGAACUCGCCAAGCAUCACAUCAGCCCCAUCGUCGACUCCCCCCACGUCGGCCAGCAUCUCCUCGACCACCCCAUCAUGCCGUUCGUGCUCGAGGUCAAGGACGGCUACAGCCUGGACGACCACGUCCUCCGCCCCGGCCCCCUCAACGACAAGGCCCUGGCCGCCUACCAGCGCGACAAGACCGGCCCCGUCAGCUCCGCCUUCCUCGAGCUGGUCGGCUUCCCCCGCAUCGACGAGCGCCUCGAGAAAUACCCCGUCUACCGCGAGGCCAAGGCCGCCAACGGUGGGCUCGACCCCUUCGGCCCCGCGGGCCAGCCGCACUUCGAGCUCGACUUCGUCGGCCUCUUCAGCACCGCCUUCCAGUGGCACUUCCCCAUGCCUGAGCGCGGCAGCUACAUGACCGUCAUCGUCGAUCUGCUCCGGCCCCUCUCCGAGGGCGAGGUGACGCUCAACAGCGCCAGUCCCCUCGUCCAGCCCAACAUCAACCUCAACUUCUUCGGCAGCGACCUGGACAUCCUGGCCAUGCGCGAGGGUGUGCGCUGGACCUAUGAUGUCCUGACCACCGGCGCCGGCUUCAAGGAUAUCGUGGUCGCCGAGUACCCGUGGAAGAUGCCGCUGCAGUCCGACGAGCUGCUGGACAAGGCGAUUCUGGAGCGGAGCCAGACUGGAUUCCACCCCUGCGGUACCGCCCGGCUUUCCAAGAGCAUCCACCAGGGUGUCGUCGACUCGAAGCUGCGCGUCCACGGCGUGCGCAACCUCCGGAUUGCAGAUGCGUCCGUCAUCCCUGUGAUUCCGGACUGCCGGAUCCAGAACUCGGUCUACAUGAUUGGCGAGAAGUGCGCCGACAUCAUCAAAUCCGAGUACAAGGAUCUGUACGAGUCGAAGAACGUGCCGUACUUCGUCUCCAGCAAGCUGUAA